ACAUAGUUGUGGUUUAAAGAUGGCGGCUUACAUGGACGGCGAAGAAAAUUUUGCAGACGACGAAAUUGGACGUUUUGUUCCUCCUUUUGGGGUUGGGGGAAUGUGUAUUGCAUUCGAAAAAUGUCCAUUGUGUUUUACUGCGAGAAGGCCGUUUACAUGUGAAAGAUGUCUGGAGAAUGGGGAUUUCAGCCAUUCAUCUAGCAAAAGUUCUUCGGAGUCGGAGACAGAAUCGGAGAGGUAUUUUGAAAAACUUGACAGACUACAGAGGUUUAGAAGUGAGAGAGACAGAUUAUUAUCAAAACUUACCAAUAGACUCGAGGAAAGGAAUUCAGUUGCAGAAAAGCAAUGGGAGGUGUCACUCAUGAAGGGGAGGUUAGAAUGGACUCGAAAGGCAAUACAGGAUGGAAGAGGCAUGGUGGAAAAGGAUAAGCAAUCAUUAAAGAAGCGUCUUGAUGAAGUGAGGGCUGCUAAGGCCAAGAGAGAUGAACAUAACAAGAAAGUGCUCAAAAUCCAGAAAUAUCUAGAACACAUUCGAACCAACAUAGACAGUCGUGAAGAAUCCCUGGGGGAGAAAAAUGAUCAACUGAGAACAAAGAGGCAGGAGAAAGUACAGCAGCUGUUACAUUAUGUAUUCCCCAUCACUGAAAUACAGCAUACUGCACCAGCAGAAGAGGCUUGGCAGGAGGAAGCGAGACAGAUGUCUGAGUCUGAAGCUGAUGAUAAGUCAGAAGAAGACGAGCUGGUAGCUGCCUUGGCUGAGGCCAGGAGGACGUCCUAUGUCAGAGGUCGCUGGGUAGAAACCAUUAACAAUGGAGAAGCUCAUUACAGUAUUGUCCAUCCAAAUGUCAGAGUGCCAGCCAAUGGAGAUUAUUCUGCAUAUGUAGCAUGCACACUGACCAGUGAGCCUGAUGUCCCUGACCCUGAUGGAGAGUUAGAUCUUCACAAUCCUGGACACCAGGUAUCAGCAAUGCUGUGCUACACAGCUCAACUAGUAGCUCACAUUGCCAAUACAUUAGAUGUUCCUCUAGUCAGGAAGGUCCAUUUCAGUCGAUUCUGCAAGUCUGAACUCAACCUACGGCAGUUUUCUUCAGCAGUUGAGAAGCUGAACAGUAGUGUGCUCUUCCUAUGCUUUAGUCAGGCUAUUCCACCUGAUAAGCUCCACCCUCAUUACACAAUGAGAAACCUUAUCACCAUGGUUGACAGCAAACACCAAGAUUAUGGAAGGACAAGUGACUUUGAGGUUCACAGUGACCUUCUCCUCGCUACAUUAACUACACCCAACAUGACCAGUAUGCUAAGUGGGUCAGGCAGUGAGAGCCAACAGGAUUCUCCCGACGAUGACGGUGCCAGCACUGGAUCUGCAGACCAGGAGGAAUGGGAAACAGUCCCGACCUCUCUGUCGCUCCUCCCUCAGGGGCCGGUGGGAGUGAGUGAGGAAGGCAACAGCCCCUCUCCACCAGAACCCAGCCCUUCUAUGAUGAGUGCUUCCAACUUGCCACAAGCCCCUGGGGGUCUGGUAUCAUCAGCAGUAGCAUCAGUUGCAUCACUGUGGAGAACUGCCACUAGCCAACUAGAGAAAAGAUGAUGAAGGUAACAAGGGGAGGAGGCGUACUCCCCUUUACCUCUCCUUUGUAAUGCAGGUUAUUGUAGAUGUAGCAUUUAUUAAGUGAUUCCAUAUUAGCUGCAAAUGGUUCUUUAGUUACGAGAAAUGGCUGGAAGAACUGUGUGAAUCAGAAUGUGAUUUAUAUUCUUUUGCACGGUUUUCAUAUCUGAUGACUUGACAUCUGUCCUUUCAAUUUUGUAGAAAUUACUGGAUUCAGCAUUUGCUGAUAUAAGUUUGGGGAGGAGAAGCCACUGGCACAUAUAUAAGAUCUAUACAUUGGUUUCAUGAAACGGAUGUGUUGUAAUUAACAUGCGUUCUAAUGGGAUGUUGGUGAACUUGUACUUCUGGGGGUUUUGGUGAAACGAUGCCCUGCAAAGCAACAAAAUCAAGUUGUUUUGCUUUUAGUCUCGGGGAAUCUUGACUCUAAUUAGAAAGGGGAGCAUGUGCACCAAGCAAAGCAUCUGAGCUGCCUUUUGUGAUCAUCAAGAUUUUGGAUUCAUUUUAGUUCCUUCAUUGACAGGAAUAUAUCAAUGUAAAUCAGUCUAUAAAGGUCCAGCUUUAUCUUAUAAGGACAAAUGCCUUAUUGUAAAUCAGGUAUAACAUCUAAAUAUUGUAGUUUGUUAAACAAUGGAAAGUUCUGCAAUUAUGUUUAAGACACAUAAAUUCCUUACUCCAAUAUUACUAUCAAUGUAUUGCCAAGGAAUGUUAGUGCCAGGCAGGGAUUGGAACCCUCAACUGCUCCAUUGAGAAUCAAGUGAAUGAACCACUAUACCAUAUACGACAACACUGCCAAUUUUACAUUCACUCAUAUGUACAUAAGGGGGUAUCUUUUCUGAAGUUUAACAAAAACCCAGCCAUCUCUCUUUGAUUAAAGAGUCAUUUGCGGUGCCUUGAAUUCCUGCCAUAAAAAAAGGACAUAAAACUAUCGCAAUGUUUGUGAUUAAAACAUGCUGGCAAAUCAUAUAUGUGAAAGAUUUUAGGCUCGCAUUAAUAUUAUGAUGGACUCUUUUGACCAUCACAGCAGAUAUUUAUGGUUUCAUUUUCUUUUUUAGUUCAUGACGACGAUAAAUUCAUUGCAACUCCUUUAGUCCUGCUUAGACUAUAUUCUCUUCAAUAUAAAUAGUGCUGAAGGUAUGUUUUAGACGUGUCUGUACUCUGUUUAUCAAAACCCACUAGAAGCUUCAUUAUUCUUUCUUACAAUUCUUUAACUCUGGCAAUAGGUUGACCUAUACAAGCUAUCAAGAGAAUAAGAAGUUCACAUGCUGCACUUUUUAAGAUAUUUUGUGCAAUUUGGUCAAAAAACAUAAACAAUAGCAAGUUUUCUUGAAUGUGUAUCACAUUUUAAUGGUAAUGAUAAAUUAUAUCAGUACAAUUGUGUGGUUCAUGGAGAACUCCAAAGACAUUUAUAUCAAUUUCUCACUUCGAUGUAUUGGGCCAACUAGAAAUGCGAGUAUUGUCAUCAAUGACUUGUAAACUAAUAAAUCUUUCUUUCAUGUGCUCUAUAUCUAAUUUUAUUACUAUGUGGAAUGGUUAAACUUAACUGUUUAUCUAAUUCUAAAACUGAAUUGAUUUCCAGGUGAAGAAAUGAAAAAUAGUUUGUGAAAGUGUGGAAUGAGAUUAUGCUAAUGUGAACAGACAUGUGUACGUUUUUUAAGAAGAAAAGACAUGAAUGGUGCUAUACUUGUAAAGAGCUAACUUUAUUAUUUUGUGUGUAUUUUAUUUUAUUUACAGCUGAACUCUUCAUUUGCUAUGAGGGGUAAUUCUUGUUUGCAUCAUCAUAGCAGCUUGCUUUAUAAAAUAAAAAAAUUGCUUUUAGAGUUGAAACAAUUAUCAAAAUGUUAUUGAUAUGUUUCACGUAAAGCUGCUGCUCACCAGAGCUCUCAGAGAUGGUCUAAUGUGUCAGCAAACUCAAUAGUCCAUAAAUGUUUUGUGAGGAAUUUCACAACUUUGAACAUGUUUUCAACAUGUGUAUGAAAAUAAUAACAAGAACAUGGGAGGGAAGAAUCCAGAAUGUAUCAAGUCCCCUCUCUCACCUCGUUUUUGUUUUUGUUUAGUUUUUUCCCUCAUAAUAAUAAUAUGUUCCGUGCCUAGAAACAAAGUAUUAGGCGCAUUAUAAAUGUGAGCUAUUAUUGUUAUUAUUAUAGAGGGUCAUAAAUGAAGCCUGUUUAAAUGUUGAUCUAUUUGUGUUGUGAAUUUGAAAUCUGAAGGCCCCUUGUGCACUGGAGCCAUGUCGGUGUCAAGCCCUGAAUACAAAUAUGGGAAUUGCCAUGAUAUACAUGUACACUCUCUAUUGUAAUAUAUGUGCCUGGGGUGUCGCAUGAUAAUAACAAGAAUAGUGUGGAAGAUUUGAUAAGUACCGGUUGGUUUGAAAGAACUGUACAGUAGACAGUA